AUGGAUUUCGCAUCUUCCACUACAACAGUUGACCAACCGCCACCACUGCUCUUCAGCCCCGACGUCGACGGUCUCGCUCAGGCCCCAGCCCACGUCGCUCGUGCUAUACUCGUGGCACUGUGCGAAGAUCAACGCGUACGGGCCCAGGCGCUCCGCCAGUUCGACCGACUGCUCCGCUUCCAGGCCGAUAUUCGCGGUCAAGACGCCGUAAAAAGUCCAAACUCCAUGGCGACCUCACUAAAGAGAAAGGCUACCGGCGGCGAGCCUAAAAUCUGCGUUCAAUGCGACGGCAUCUUUACCGAGGAGGAAAACCAAUUCGGCGCUUGUUGGUACCAUUCAGGCGAGAUGGAGCUCAUGGAUGAAACUGCCAUCGAACGUUUGCCGGGAGACAUGUUGCUGUAUGACCUGGACACGGAGCCGAUCCGCGCCAGGCACCCGGAGGCGUUCCGAUGGUGUUGUUGCCACGCCUUGGGCAACAGGCCGGGCUGCGUGAGCGGGCGGCACGAGUCCAACCCGGACAGGAGCAAAAAGGGUCGCGGCAGCGAGUUUUCGGACCUGGAAGACGACCCUUUGCAGCUCGACGACGACGACGACUCCUCGUCGAAUGAGAAAGAAGACCGAAACUCGCAAGGGCACAGCAGCCGCCCACAAACCAACGGACGGCAAUCGUGA